AUGGACGGCACUCGCGGAUUCCACGGCAUGAAGAGCCAUGGCGUGCGCAUUUCGUACAUGCCAGUGCUCAUCGACCGCCUACCAGCCGAGGAGCACAAGAAAUUCAAGAUCCCGGAAAUGUUACCGUUGGCCGUGCUCCCCAGCGGGCUGCGCUUCUACAGCCACGGCGCCAACCAGGACGAGCCGCUGUCGUUCCCGCGAUCCUACCCCAUCAUCCUUACCGAGGGCGACGGCACCAAGGUGUUCGUGUCAGUACUGGCAUUCCGUGAUCUGGUGGACGAUGACGUGGCACAGGCGUACUCCAUCCCGCCCAACUCGUACGCGGACAAGUGCCUCUGCGUGGUGUCGCACUACCCGUUCCUCGACACCUUCUCCGACCUCCUCACUGAGAUCCACCGCCUCGCCUUCCAACCACUCGGCAGCCCGCGGCCGAUAUGGGACAUAAUAGCGGGGGUGAUGUCGGUGCCGCUGCCGUCAGGCCCACAGCAGACGGUGGUGUUCAGCGUUGAGAGCGUUGUGCUCUCCACCACUCUGCCCGACCCCCAAGCCCUCCCCUCCUCACACGUGUCGUUUUUCCCCCUUGUAAGCUGUCUCGACAUUGACAACAUCAUCCAGCUCUUCACAGCCGUGCUCCUGGAGAGAAGAGUGCUGCUGCUCGGAGGCAUGCUGAAGCUACUGACGAACGUGGCGGAGGCGGUGACAGGCCUGCUGUACCCCUACAAGUGGAUGCUGCCGUACAUCCCGGUGCUGCCGCUGCCACUGCUGGAGCUGCUGCACGCGCCGGGCAUAUUCAUCUACGGCAUCAACACGUCCGAGUUCGAACUGCAGGACGAGCUCGAUGGGGUGGUGCUGGUAGAUCUAGACACGAACCGAAUGCGCAUGAUGAGUCUGGAGAGCGAGCAGGAGGAGGAGGACAUUCCCCCUCUCCCCGAGCCCGAGGCCUCAGAGCUGAGAGCAGCGCUGCACGCGCUGAUCCACCCGCACCUGGCCGUGCUGGAGUCCGUGCGGCACCACCGCUCGCCGCUGCUCGCUGCUGGCGUGCAGCAGUUUGACGAGAAGACGUUCAAAACGUGGGGGCGGCACCACGACGAGCAGUUCAGGCAGCUGUUCCUGCGCUUCCUGGCGUCCGUGCUGCAUGGCUACAAGGACUUCGUGAUGGAGGAUCAUUUUGAGGCGGGCAAGCUGGUGUUUGACAAGCUCAGCUUCCUGCUGCGCCGCUCCGAGCUCUACGACCAUGCCACCGAGCCCUUCAUAGAGGCGAUGCUAUCAACGCUGGGGUGGCACAACUUCUUUGAGUGCGAGCUGGCGCAGUCGCCCGAGGAGCUGACGCAGUUUGAUGCCAUCAUGCAGCGAGCACACAACAAGGACCCGCACAUCACAAUCCCCCAGCUGCCCCCCACCGACUUCCUCACCGUCGACAUCUACCAGGCCCUGCCAGCGGCGAAGCGGGGAGCGGUGGGGCGGUACGUGUACCAGCGCUUCCCCAACAACGAGAAGGCAGGCGGCGAGCAGGAGGCCAGAAGUCUGGCGGUGGAGAAGGCGAUGAGGGCGUGGCUCAAGGAGCGCCGUCUGGGCCGCACUCGCAGCUCCAAGGAGCGAGGGGCGCAAAGGGAAAUGAUGAAGGUGGACACUCAAGUGCGCCUCUGUCAACUAUGGGACCAACUAAGAGGCUUACCUCCGGGCGAGCACCCCAUGGGAUCAGAGCACUACGGCACCAUCUACGGAAUGAUCGAGUCGGACCCUGAGGGCUUUGGGGGCUCCAGCUUCCUCGCAUGCCUGGAGGAGAACAUCACCAUCGGGUGGUCGGGCGAGCUCACUCGAGAGAUGUUCAUGGCGUGUCGUGAGCUGAUGCUGGUGGCGGCAUCGAGGGCGGGGGAGAGGAGGGACUACCAGGUGGCGGGGGGGUUGUUGGAGAUAGCGGGGCGCAUCUACUUCCGGGACGAGUUCGGCAUGCUCGACUUCAUGCGCCGCUACCUCGGCUCCCUGCACACUCUGCAACGUCUCUGUCCUGCUGCCCCCCUUGCCAACAUCCUCUGGUCUGCCCCCCGCAUCAUUUGCCCGCACCGCUCGCAUGCCCCACUCUCCUUUGGCAACUAUUCACAGAUGGUCAUGCUCACACUCAAGGCCUGCGCCUUCCACAUGGUGGAGCUGGGAAUAGCGGACAAGGAGACGUGGAAGAUGCUGCUGCACCUCGCCAGCGAGCACGGCCUCCGAGAGAAGCGCCAGAACCUGCUGCGAGGCCAGCUGUCCCUCAUUCAACUCAAGUUCCGCUUCUACGGCCCGCCACGCCUGGCGCUCAUGAUGGCGCUGGCACCGCGCAUCGCCCCCAAGAUGGAGCAGGCCGCUCGCCUCAAGGGCGGGGGCGGGGCAGGGGCAGGGGCGGACGGCAUGGCGCGAGUGGACAGUAAUAACACGCUGGAGGGGGAGGGAGGGGGUGCGGUGCAGCAUAAGGGUCUGUCGCGGAGUAAGAGCAAGGCGGGGCGGCGGGGCGUGAACUUUGAUGUCGGGGGGAAGGGAGCGCCGACCACGACGCCCAAGGGUGGGGGAGGGGGGAUGACGAGUCCGAGAGGCAAGGGCAAGGCGGAUGGGCUUGACCGCCGGACAGACCGCCUCGUGAGAGCAGAGCCGGUGCACCACCAGGCGAGGGGGGAGGGCGAGGCGGGCGUGCGGGUGCUGAGAGGGCACAGUGCAGCGGUGACAGCGCUGCAUGUGGGGUCGGUGAGCGACCUGGGCGACCUGCUCUCCGGCUGUGAUGACGCCGGCUACUUCGUCUCCGGCUCUGCUGACCACACCGUGAAGCUGUGGAGUGCGAACCGUGUGGGAGCAGAGAUGCGCGCCACCAUGCGAGGUCACGAGGGCACGGUGCGAGCCAUAUCAUCGAAUGCGAGCAGCAUUCUGUCGGGGGGGGACGACGGCAAGGUGUUUCACUUUGACAAGCGCACGUCACUGCCCCUCGCCACCCUCGACGCCCACACCGCCCCUAUCUCCUGUGUGCGAUUCCUCUCGGGCUUCGCGCGCAGUGCAGCAGUAACAGCAGGGCUGGACGGGCUGGUGGAGGUGUGGGACAUGCGCUCGCACCGCCGCGCUCUCACCGUGGCACAGCCCUCCCAGGGCGCUGCCGUGCUGUGCCUCAGCUGGCACGAGGACGCGGGGGGGCUCAUCGCCACAGGGCACACUGACGGCACGGCGCGGGUGUGGGACAUGAGGGCGGGCAGGGAGAUGCACUUCCUCGAGGCACACAGCAACUGGGUCAGCUGUGUGUUGGUCAACAAGGACAUCAUCAUCACGGGCAGCCACGAUUGGACGGCCAAGAUCUGGUCUGUGGAGACGGGCGACUGUGAGAAGAUCCUGACCGCCCACGGAGGGGCAGUGAGCACCAUGGACUACUGCACGUCGUCGCACCGCCUCGCCACCGGGUCGGCGGACGGCAUGGUCCGCAUCUGGAAGAAGGAGGACGACCAGUACAUACCGCAGGAGACGAGUGGGUCGUCAUCAUCAGAAGCAGUGGUGGCGGUGCGGCUGAUGGACGAGGUGACGGGGGUGGCCACGGCCAGCAACCAGCUCAUGUUCCUCGAAUUCACCGACGCUGAUGGCCGCGUUGGCGGCACAGGCAGUGGCGGCGGUGACCCGUCCACGUGGGCUGUCAGCAAGAUGGUUGCCAACAUGCCUGAUGUGGUGCGGCACGUGGCAGUGGAUUUGGACUAUGGCCGCAUGUGCAGCGGCUCGCACACGGGCGCCAUCCGCAUUUGGGAUGCAUUCCCCGAGGCGGCAGGGGCAGCAGCAGCGGCUGUAGCAGCAGGGCUGGGUGGCGUGCCGGCAGCAGCAGCACCCAGCAAGUAUGACCUCACUGGCGUGUGGGACAGCCUGGAUUCCUCUGCGGCGCCGGCUGCUAGGACCGCGCACAUGGCGGUUGACGGGAAACUAUGGCCUCAUCUAUGCCUCCACCUCCCGCAAUUCGUCUGCAACAGCAACCCCAAGCCUUCAGCCAGUAUGGGCGGUGCUCUCUCCCCCUCGUCGCUGCUCAAGACCAGCUCUUUGCCCGUGCUUCCAUCCAACGUCGUUCUCCAUCCGGCCGCUCCCAGCACGGACUCAUCGCUCGUCUCCACGCGCUGCGACUGCACCAUCCACCCCGCCUCCUCGUCUCUCAACCCCAUCGCCGCCAUUUCCUCUCCCUCCCGCCUCCAGCGCCGUCUCUACUAUUGGGAUGCCGCCUGCCACGGCAGCAGUCCCCGCCGGCCCACUCUCGUGCGCACGCAGUCGUGCGCGACGCCGUCCGUCGCCGUCGAGCUCGCCUGCGAGCAGUCGUGCACGUCGUCGCCAUCUUGUCGCCGGACGCUCUCCUGCCCGCAGUGGGCUACUCCCAGCGCACCUCGCGGGGCCGCGGCAGAGCCUGCUGCUGUAACGACGCGAGCCUGCGAGUCGCAAGCGGCAACCGUUGCUCCCAGUGCGGCUCGUAUGCGCGUGGCUCGAGAGGAAGUCAACUCCAGAGCCCCGUCGGCGUCGUCGACUCGUCACGGGCCCCCAUGCGUGGACGUGCGUCGCGCCGAUGAGUCCGUGUUUCACUGGGCCGCGCGCACGCGGAUUCAGCGGGCGCAAGCCGCACUCGCCGAUUGA